AUGGCCGCCUUCUUGUGAGUGAAAUGUGCGAAAGUUUUUAAAAAGGUCAUAGCAUCAGCCAUUCUGCCGCCAAAUCCUGCUGAAUUUGUACAAUGCUUGCAACUCUUGCCAGAUUCGGCGUUUGAAAGCGUUUAGGUAUAUAGAAGGCAAAAGUUAAGCUGGCGACACCAUAAAUACUAGAAAUGUCAUCUAGUUAGCUAUGGCACUUACCAGGCUGAACAGUGCAAUCCUCAGUGAUGGCAAAAUGGUUUCAUUUUGUGAACAGAUAACUAGGCUUCUUCGACAACAGAAGAGCUCAGCAGCUGCGCAUAGCUUCUCACUCCGUCAGGGAUGGAGGAUACCUCAACACCAGCACAGAACAUUCUCUCAAAUGACGAGAUCACAUGACUAUUUAGUGAAAAGUCACAUGACUACAAGCAGAACUUGUCUUUUGCUCUCUCCCCCAACGUCAACGAACCUCCAAUUUUUAAAUCAAAGGCGCCUCCUUAAUGUGUCCGUUACUGGAGUGGAUGAACCACUUUCAUACAUCCCAACUCCCGUUGAAUGUUGCUACGAACUCCUAGAACACAUUCACGAAGUGUCAGCAAUGCCGUGGUGGUUAACGAUACUCACAGCGUCGUUUCUCUUUCGCGGGGCGAUCGUCGUACCUUUUUCCAUUUGGCAGCACAAAGUUUUGGCAAGAAUUGAAAACGUUCAGCCGGAGAUUAAUGCCCACGCGGAACAUAUAAAGCAACAGGUGUCACUGGCUGCGAAGGAGUUGAAUUGGUCUAAAAAGGAGAUGGCUCAAUUUUACAGUCAACAGGUCAAGAACAUUGUGCAUAAUUUUCAUUUUGACCAUCGGUGCCAAUCGAGAAAGCUCUUCUAUGUUGGCUUUAUGCAGAUGGGAUUAUGGACUACAGUUACCAUGUCAAUAGGUCAGAUGACGGGAACCUAUCCUGAAUUGUUUAUGGCCGAGCCAGACAUUGAUUUCCUACCACAGUUAACGACACAGGGCACGCUGUGGUUCGCUGACAUGUGUCAAUCUGAUCUCUUAAUCCCCAUCAUGCUCGGUGUCGUCAAUCUUGCUCUGGUUGAGUUGUGGUCGCUGAGGAGAGGUCCAUUAACACUACUGCAGCACCGUCUCGCCAUUUGGUUUCGUCUCGUUUCUAUAGGAAUGAUCCCCGUAGCAACCAUGAUGCCAGCGGCCGUUUCAUUCUUCUGGCUGUCAUCCAGUUUAGCUGGAAUGGCUCAGUUUGCUCUGCUGAAGUGGCCAAUGUUCCGUCGAUUUUUUGAUAUCCCUCCGUCCCUCUCCGAGAUGAAACACCCCUUGAAGGAAUUGAAACAGGCCUUCAGAAUCCGCUAUUUCUCAAAGAGGGUGUUUUGAAAUGAAUGAGCUACAGAGCGUGAUGAAAACGGACUCCGAGGUACGAACAACCAGUUGACAUUUUUUCAAAAGCUUCCCUUAAAACAUAACUUGCUGAGGUGUUUUGAGAAAUGAGUAAAACAAUGUUACAAGAAAUGAUAUUUAGCAUGUAAAAGGUAUUUACCAGUAUUGGUUUUUACGCGACUCUUGCGAACGUCGCUCUGCGUUUUGUUUUACCUUUUUCUCACAAACUUAAUUAUAUUACCUCCAUCUUUAGUCACAGUGAGAGGGGAUUCAUGUCAUGGCCCAAACAAUUUAUCUACAAAAGGUAUUAAAACCCUUUGCUUUGAGGUUAAAUCUGGGGCGUGUUUUGGCAACCAUGACCAGAAACAAGUUUCUGACGUCAAAUUCACUGACCGAAUCAAUUUCAGAGAGCUACGCAAAAACGGGUCGAUAACCAGAAACAGUUCAUGAUGUAGGUACAUCUCUUGAAAAUUUAUGUUCUCAAAAUAUAUAGCCGUCUUUUUAUUAUAGAGGAAUGGAACUUAGUCUUUGUAAUUUUAUCAACAUUAUUUAAUUGUUAUGCUUCAAAGUAUUCAAAGUUUUAAAAGAAUUCCAGUACGUUUUCUGAUAGUUUUAAGAGUCCGCCAUCUUAAAACCAAGCCUAAUCGAGCCAACAAGUCGGUUAUGGUUUGGUCGGAACAGCGGUUCAACCGAACACGCGAAAAAGCUCGACCAAUGACCUAAGCUCAAACAUGUUUCUGGUUAGGGUCGCCAAAAGGCACUCCAGAAUUCUUAUGUAAGUUGUACUGAUACUUUGGAUAUAAUUUAAUCAUGUUAAUAGUUCUGUACACGUCAGACUAAGAACGUGUUGAGGUAAGGCAAAAACAAAAUAACAAAAAUCAUGUUUACCUUCCCCGCCUGCUUUCUUUUAAAGGCAGUGGACAAUAUUGGUAAUUACUCAAAAGAAAGGUAGCAUAAAACCUCACUUGGUUACGAG